AUGGCUCCUGCUCCCAUCGAUUCUCGCAUCGUCGACGUCGCUGAGCCCCGGAAGGACACUCUUGCCCUUCCGUCGGCCGCUCGUGAACGGUUGGAAAAAGAUGGCAUCGACCUCUCUGCUGGAUAUCCGUAUCGUCCUUCUCGUCCGCUCUUUGUCGACGAUGUGUACAAUGUCCGCAACUACGACCGUCCGCACAUCGACCCCGCGACUCGCGCCGACCCAGAAAAGAAAGCCUUGCUCUCGGCCGCCAAGCAAGUCAUCCAUCUCACAAGGCACAUUGGAACAGAGAUCGUGGGCCUGCAGCUGAAGGACCUCACCGACCAGCAGAGGGACGAGCUGGGUUUGUUGAUUGCAGAGCGGAGUGUGGUUUUCUUCCGUGACCAGGACAUCUCUCCCCAGCAGCAGAAGGAACUGGGAGAGCACUUUGGUGAGAUCGAGGUUCACCCCCAAGUCCCUCAAGUCCCCGGCGUAACCGGCGUCACCGUCAUCUGGCCCGCCCUCCAAGCGACCGAAAACCCUGCCAACUUCCGUCGACCGGGAGGCUCCUCACGCUGGCAUACAGACCUGGUCCAUGAGCGACAGCCCGCAGGCGUGACACACCUUCACAACGACACCGUUCCCACAACCGGCGGCGACACUCUCUGGGCCAGCGGAUACGCAGCAUACGAGAAACUAUCUCCUGCUUUCCGCAAGAUCAUCGAUGGAAGGACGGCUAUCUACCGAUCUGCGCAUCCCUACCUGGACCGCAAGAACCCAGAGGCGGGACCGAAAUAUGUGGAGCGCGAGCAUCCUCUCGUGCGUGUGCAUCCGGCAACUGGUUGGAAGGUAUUGUGGGUGAACCGCGCUAUGACGGACCGGAUUGUUGGUCUUGAUAAGGCAGAGAGUGAUGUUAUUUUGGGAUACCUGUUUGAUGUGUAUGAGAAGAAUGUUGAUAUCCAGGUUCGCUUCAAGUGGUCGCCUCGGACGAGUGCCUUGUGGGAUAACAGAAUCACCAUCCACAACGCCAGCUGGGACUAUGAGAACUCAGAGCCUCGUCAUGGCACCAGAGUGACCUCGCUCGCGGAGAAGCCAUUCUUCGACCCGAGUGCUCCGACAAGGAGAGAAAAACUGGGCUUAUUGGGAAAGGACGAGAUUGAAGAAUUAGCAAAGAACUAA